AUGCGAAUGCCGCCGCCCACUUCUGUGUCAGCAGCAAUCAAUUCCCCAACUAUCACUAUGUCGGCAAUGGCUCCUUCCAACAUUACUCGCGGUUCUGAUGUAUACACUGUUCCUCCAACUACAACUUCAACUGCUUCUUCCAGACAGAGUAUUCUGAUGCCAAGGCAACAACAAUCAUCACUUCUCUCACCACCACUCAAUCAUUCUACCGGCAUGAAUCAAUCAUCUCCCAUCUUCAAUUCAUCCUCAAUUCUCAAGAGACUGAAAGCUAAGGCUCAAUCAGAAAUGAGCUCGGUUCUACGGUUGGACCCUGCUGUAUUACUUAACAGAAGCUCUCAAGUUGUAUCACAAGAACCAGCAAAACAGAGUCGAAAGGGUUUCCAUGUGUGUUACUACUGUCAACGGAUUUUCUCCUCUCCAUCUCUUUACGCCAAUCACAUCAAUCGUCCAGUUGCCCGUGUCCUUUAUCGUUGCCAUCUCUGUCCAUCCACUUCUGACGCUGUUGUUCCAGUCCUCCAACGUACUUCCUCGACUGAGCAAUCUGGUAAUCUUUCGGCACCAAACCUAUGCGCCCUCUAUGCUCACAUGGCUCAAUAUCACCCCCUAGAGACACCCUCAGCUUGGAAACUCAUUCCCUCGCGUCUCUCCGUCACCGCUCUUCCUUGGCUUACUGGCAACUUGGAGGACGGUUUGAAGCAGCAACUUUCCCAGUCUGCAUUCCCCCAGACCAUCUAUUCCGAAGGCCAGGAACUCGUUGACGUUAACAAUGAUAUUGAUCGACGUCUGACAAACAUGCUUCGUGUGAGUGAGUUUCGAUUUCAGCCGCCUGAUAGCGGAGACGGAGAUGACACAUUCCUUUUAUCUCCAGACGUUCGAUUCACAUCAGUUUUCGCUGAUCACUUCAUUUCGACUCCAUUUAAUGCGUCAGAAAGCGGUGGGCUCUCUAACGAUGGUCUUCCGAUGUCUCUCAAUUCCCCCAUUUCCCACCUUCUUUUUCGCCUUGCGGAAGCCUCUUCUUGGCAUGGACACUUUUUCCUCGCUGGAUGGUAUCCGUCAAUCGAUUACUCCUGUACCCAGGAAGCCACGCCGUCUCCUCCAUCGACAGCUAGUUUUGAUGAAAUUCAAAAAGCUUAUGAAGCCCUUUUGAAAGAUUCACAGCAUCACUUUAAUUUAUCUUCCACUAUGGAAAAUGGAACUCUGCGCUGUAUGCUUUGUGGGACCUUUCGAACGGAUUCCUGUAAUUCCUUGAGAAAUCAUCUCACUGGUUGUUCCAAUAUGGCCGAUAUGGCCACUGCAAAAUGUGCUCUUUGCUCCCUUCCUCUAGUGCAUAAUCGACGUGAUGCUCUACUGUGCUCGAUUAAGGCUCAUCUUCUCUUCCAUUUGGAUAUCUACCUCUUUUGCCCCCACUGUGGAUUUGCGCCUCCACCAGACUUACCUCCGCCGUUAGCUGAAGUAUGUCUUCGACUCCAUCUUCGUUUUGUUUGUUUCCACUUUAACCUCGUGAAGGUUUUGCUCUGUUCCAAACCUGCUGCUGCAUGUCGUGAAGGCAUCUUUCUCUCUGUGGAAAGUUUCGUCCAGCAUUGGUUCGAGGCCCAUACCCCUCGGAAAUAUGCCUGCCAGUUGUGUGGAACACCGCAAACCAAACUGGAGGAAGGUGUGAAUAGUUCUGCAAAUCGGUUGAAUUACACCUUGCAAUUUCCGGAUAUGGCCACUGCAAGCGCGCAUAUUCAGGAAAGGCAUUUGCUUCCUUCAGCGUCGGCUAGUGCCUUCUCAAAGGUUACAUAUGAGUGUUCUGAAUGUCCCUUUAUGUCUUCCGUCCCUGUGGAGUUUGUUGACCAUUUUUCUGUGAGUUGCAUAGAAUUUAUUGCGUAUAAAUGUAUAAUGAUUUACAUUCAGUCUGAGCAUUAUGGUUAA